CGCGCGUUCCCGGCCCCUGCGGGCUCAGAGGCCGAAGAGAAAAGCUUCCGCGGCGGCCGCCGCUGUAGCUGGAAAGGUGGGAGUUGGGGCUAGGUCCUCGCUGGGGAAGGGUGAAAGUCAGCCACUCCAGGAUCCUAAAGCGGGCAGAGUGACGGCUCACGGUGUCACCGCCGCUGCGACGCGCUCCGCAUCGGCGCCGGGCCUGAGGAGUGGCGGCGGCGGCAGCAGCGGGGUCAGUGGCCGCACAGGAUGAACCAGCAGUGGAAGAAAAAAUCCUGCAAACUGGCUGACUGCCGGUGAAGAUGUUUUAUUUUUAUGACAAGCAUCUGUGGGAUCUGUAAUAGAAAUGAUGGCUGGCUGUGGUGAAAUUGAUCACUCAUUAAACAUGCUUCCUACAAACAGGAAAGCGAAUGAGUCCUGUUCAAAUACCACACCUUCUCUAACUGUCCCUGAAUGUGCCAUUUGUCUGCAAACAUGUGUUCACCCUGUCAGUCUGCCUUGUAAGCAUGUUUUCUGCUAUCUGUGUGUAAAGGGAGCUUCAUGGCUCGGGAAGCGAUGUGCCCUCUGUCGGCAAGAAAUACCUGAGGAUUUCCUUGACAAGCCAACCUUGUUGUCGCCAGAAGAACUCAAGGCAGCAAGUAGAGGACAUGGUGAGCAUGCGUGGUAUUAUGAAGGACGAAACGGGUGGUGGCAGUAUGACGAGCGCACUAGCAGAGAGCUGGAAGAUGCUUUUUCCAAAGGUAAAAAAAGCACUGAAAUGUUAAUUGCUGGGUUUCUGUAUGUUGCUGAUCUUGAAAAUAUGGUUCAAUAUAGGAGAAAUGAACAUGGACGUCGCAGGAAGAUUAAGCGGGAUAUAAUAGAUAUACCAAAGAAGGGAGUGGCUGGACUUAGGCUGGACUGUGAUGCUAAUACCGUAAACCUAGCAAGAGAGAGCUCUGCCGAUGGAGCGGACAGCGUAUCAGCACAAAGUGGAGCUUCUGUUCAGCCUCUAGUGUCUUCUGUAAGGCCAAUAACGUCGGUAGAUGGUCAGUUAACAAGCCCUGUGACACCAUCCCCUGAUGCAAGCACUUCCCUGGAAGACUCUUUUGCUCAUUUACAACUCAGUGGAGACAGCACAGCAGAAAGGAGUCAUAGGGGGGAAGGAGAAGAAGAUCAUGAAUCCCCUUCUUCAGGCAGGGUACCAGCACCAGAUACGUCCAUUGAAGAAACCGAAUCAGAUGCCAGCAGUGAUAGUGAGGGUGGAUCUGCGCUUGCUGCACAACACUCCUUGACCCAACAGAGACUUUUGGUUCCAGAUGUAAACCAGACAGUAUCAGAUCGAUCAGGAACUGAUCGAUCAGUAGCAGGGGGUGGAACAGUGAGUGUCACUGUCAGAUCCAGAAGGCCUGAUGGACAAUGCACAGUAACUGAAGUUUAAAUAAAAGUCUUUCGCUCCAUG